AACCCACCCGCCCGCCAGCCGCUAAUCGCAGCGCAGGCAUUCCCCACCUACCCUUAUAACACGCUCCCCUUCUCCCCUACCUCCGCGCCUCCUUUUUCCAAUCUCGACUCCAAUCCUCCCGACCCCCAACCCUAGCGCCGCUCCGAGCCGCCGCCAUGGCCGAAUCCGGCGACUCGUCCCCGAACUCCGCCGCCGCAACGGAGGACUCGCACCACGAGGCGUCGGAGGCCGCGGCUGCGGCAGCAGCGGCGGCGGCGGUGCAUGCGCAGCCGGCGCCGCAGCCACGCCCGCCGCCGCCGCCCUCCAAGGUGCGGCUGAUGGUCAGCUACGGGGGCCGCAUCCAGCCGCGCCCACACGACAACCAGCUCGCGUACGUCAACGGCGAGACCAAGAUCCUGUCGCUCGAGAGGCCGCUCGUCUUCGCCGACUUCGCCGCGCGCCUCGCCGCGCUGUCCGGGAACGCCGGCGACGUCUGCGUCAAGUACCAGCUUCCCGGGGAGGACCUGGACGCGCUCGUCUCCGUCACCAACGACGAGGAUCUGGAGCACCUCGUCCUCGAGUACGACCGCCUCCACCUCCAACGCCCAGCCACGGCCUCCUCCGCGGGGUCCGGGUCCGGGUCCGGCUCCAGCCGCGGCGGAUCCACGCUUAGGCUCAGGGUCUUCCUCUUCCCCGUCCAGUCGCCCCAGCUACCUCCGCCGCCGCCGCAGCCGGCCGGGCUCCUCGAGCCCAAGGCGGAACAGCGCCACUGGUUCGUCGAGGCGCUCAACACCGUCCCGCUUCCCCCAUCCAAGCAGGACCCGCCGCCCGUGCCACCGCAGCAGUCGUCCCCGCCGCAGCAGCACAAGCAGGAGUCGGUGUUCCCGCAGCAGUCGCCGCCGCAGGCCAAGCACGAGGCGGUGUUCGUCCAGCAGGCUCCGCCUCAGCCGCACACGGUGGUGCAGAUGCCGCCGCCGCCGCAGCAGCAGCUGGCGCACGUGGUGCUCGCGGCGGCGAGCCCGGACUACCUGUUCGGUCUCGACAACGGCUUCGUCCCUCCCCCGGCGGUGAAGGUCAAGGACCCGGCGGGUGAUCCUCCGACGGUCAGGGAGAACGUGCCCGUGGAGAUAGCCGCCAAAAAUGACGACCGCCAUCCCAACCCCAACGCGGGCGACCACGUGGCUGUCUCGCCUGUCGUCUCUCCUGCAAAGUAUCAGCGCCAGAUCCAGGAGCUCGAGAAGCUGCAGGUCGCCGACAACGCCACCCACCAACCACCACCACCUGCGGCGGCGCCAGCGCCUGCUCCGGCACCUUCCCUCGUCCCCGUCCCCGUCCCCGCCGCCCUCCCGAGGAACGGCAGCGACGACUCCCUGACCCGCGCCUACCCUCCCGCCACCGCCACCCCAACCGCCAACGCGGAGUACUACCUUCCAAAGUUCCCGGAGAAGCCCCCCGUGCCGCCGCCGUCAUCAGCUCCGCCAGCCACGGCAUACCUGCAGGUGCAGGGCAGGUACGCAUCCGUCGCUCCUGGCUCGGGCGCGGACCAUGGCCCCGUGUUCUUCAUCCCGGCGCCCCACGGCUACUUCGCCGCCACCGCUUCCCCAGGUGCGACAUCCUACCCCGCCGUGUACGCCGUCGCGCCACCCAGUGCCACCCCCACCGCCAAUGGCUCCGCCCCGCCGUCACCCGCUGUGUCGAGUGCCACGGCCUACGCCCCCGCCCCAACACAGGUCGCGUACGACAGCAAUGGCCGCGCCAUCUACUACACCAGCAUGCUCCCCCAGUACCCUUCGGCUGUCAAUGGCAUGUCGGCGGCGGGCGCGGUGCUCGGGACAGAGCCCGCGAAGCCGGUGGCCGUGAAGCCGACCGUCUCGUGAUCACACCAGCUUACACCUCACCUCACAGCACAGCACCUCAUCGCCAAUGGAUCAAAGGAGUUUUCCAGUUUUUCUUUCAUCCUCAUCCGCCCACUCGUCAAUAUGCGUUCGUUAAUACCGUGUCAGUUGGAUUCGUUAUUGUCCCUAGUAUUCACCUAUAUAUUUCCGCUUUUAAAUUGUCUAGAGUUUUUUUGGUUUGGUGUUCUGGGUUCAUGAUAUGAUUAUGCAAGUAUUAGUGGUUCUUUGGUGUGCUUAGAUGUACAUACAGAGUCUGUGGACAUAAUGGAUAAGUAAUAUAUAUAUUAGCCUACUAUUGGAGAGUUGAGUCGAGUUGGAGUUGUUUAACAAUCUUGGAGGUUGUCAUCACUUCUACUAGUAGCAUUUGUUAAUUCUUUGGAUUGCUGUAUCGAUUAAUUCCAGAAAUUCAAUGGCCAUGUGAUCUCUCGGUACUCU